AUGCACCGGAAGCGGCGACGAAUUGUGCUUAUUGUUGACAACUGUCCAGCCCAUCCUGAUGUAGACAAUCUGAAGGCCAUCAGACCUGUGUUUUUGCCUCCGAACACAACAUCCAAGACUCAGCCGAUGGACCAAGGCGUCAUCAACAACUUAAAGGUCCACUACAGAAAGCAGCUGAUGACCAAGUUCAUCAAGGCCAUUGACAAGGAGGAGUCUGUAAGCAUAACAGUCCUUGAUGCCAUGCAACAUCUACGACAGGCUUGGGACUGCGUCCAACCCCAGACAAUCAACAAGUGCUACUUGCAUGCAGGCUUCAAGAUCUCAGACCAGACCAACACCCAAGACGAUGAUGACAGCGACCCUGAGGAUGAUGUGCCCCUUGCCACCCCAGUUGUCAACAACAUCACUCUCGCGCAGUAUGCCAGUAUGGAUGAUGACUUAGUAACCAGCUGCCCUGCCAGUGAGCAAGACAUCGUCCAGAACAUUAUUGAUUCCAGGACCAGGACCCAGCUUCUCAGUGACGACGAAGAUGAAGACGAAGUGCCCCCUCCUCUACCACCUACUCUUGAUGCCACAACAGCAGCCCUAGAAAUCGUCGGGCGUUAUGUGAUAUCACAAGACGAUGGAGACAGUGUAAUGACAGGAUACAACAUGGUGGCCAACUUUGUAACAGAGAAGGAAAUGAAGAAAUGUUUCACAAAGAGACAAUCCCUCAUGACAUCUUUUGUGGAGUAA